AUGGAUGACUCGCUCUUAUAUGAGAAUCCAAUUCUUCACAACACAUACAAUGCCAGUCGACCACUGAAGGACUGGUUGGUGAACAACACCACUCUUUACGGCAAAAGAGUACCUGAACUGCAAUAUUAUGGGGACAGGAGUUGGGAAAUGAGUGAUUUGACGAACGGUAGUGAAUAUGUCAUCAAUAUGUUGGCCAACGAUAGCAAUGCCUACAACUCGACGCUGAGAUCCAUUCUGGAGGCGACGACAGCCUUCAACGCCAGCACUGAGGAGCCUCUGGAGUGGUGGCGCUCGUGGGAUAGGACUCCCUAUCCCAGCGUCGUCGGAAAUAUGUUAGUUUGUAUAGCAAUUGCCACCGAAAAGUCACUAAAACCCGUUCAAAACUGGUUCAUCGCAUCCCUGGCCGUCUCGGACUUCCUUUUGGGUCUCGUCAUAAUGCCCUUCUCAUUGGCCAGGGAGUUGAUGGGCUACUGGAUGUUUGGCAGGGUUUGGUGCGACAUUUGGUUGGCGUUGGAUGUGCUGCUGUGCACGGCUUCCAUAAAUAACUUAUUUAUGAUAAGUCUGGACAGGUAUUGGUCGAUAACACAAGCCGUUAAAUAUUUAAAAAAGCGGACGCCUUCUCGGGCGGCACUUAUGAUCGCAUUCGUGUGGAUACUGUCGGCCGUUGUCUCUCUGCCACCUCUGGUCGGGUGGAAGAAACCAGAAAUGCUUGUCUCACAUGAGUUCCCGCAAUGCAAUGUCAGUGAAGACGUCGGUUACGUCCUGUAUUCGUCGAUCGGAUCGUUUUACUUCCCGGCCUUUAUGAUGGUCUUUGUCUACGCGCGCAUCUUCGUGGCCGCCCGUUCCCGCGCCCGACGCCAUAUCCAACAGAAGCGCCUUCAGAUCCAGGCGGAGGUGACGGCCGACCCGGCGAAGGAGAAAUCCACGACAACCACUACCUGUACGAGUCUAAGCAAUCCCAGUCCACCCGAUCUAACCGAUCCAAAUAAUGAAGGUGGAGAUGAUGGAGUUGCUGGUUAUAAACCAUAUACACCAGAAUCUUCACCCAUACCUCUCUCUUUGCAAACAGGGUCUCAGCCGCUGUCUCAGCCACAGAUCGGAGCGCUGGUGCACCGGACGGGUGCCGUCGCCUCUCCCACGGCUUGUUCUCCGCCACAGAUUGUGGUCGAAGCCAUCGCCGAAUCGCACUCAUCGCCCACUAAAGACAUUGCAAUCAUUUCCAAUAACUACGAGUCGACGCCCACACCCGUGGAUGUGGUGGUGGACAACGAGUGUGAAGUGAGGUUCAAGUGCUUAAAACAGACCAAAUGUUCGCCGGAUGUGCACCCGAAGCGAACGCCACCCAAACUGACUAUAGUAUUGCCCGACAGUAAUGGUCCGCCAAAAGCAUCCAUACCUCAGACCAAACAAAACGGUUCGGCCGUUAAGACCACUGAAACGCGGUUCAUAUCCACUGACGAGGACUCGGAUGCCAUUGAGUCCCCUCUGAGUCGCGACACUAUAACCCACGAAUCAAAAACCUUUUUAAGUGCUCCCAAACUGUUGAGAUCCAGUAAUUAUGGGUCGACACUGAGUAUCGCAGACUAUGACGACUCAGACAUGUGUUUGGAUAAUGACAUCGAGAAUAGUGACGAUAAUGUGAAGCCCAAGAAGGGGGCGAAGGGAGGCAAAGGAGUGCAGUACCGGAACCCUCCGGUCACUGGUAUGAGGAGUACGACGUCCGACGCCGAGCGCCACAAACGCAAGAUAGCAAAGGCCAGGGAGAGAAGGGCUACACUAAUACUCGGCCUAAUUAUGGCCGCAUUCAUCACCGCUUGGCUGCCUUUCUUCGUACUCUAUCUCUUGGCAGCGCUCUGUCAACAAUGCAAAGACGCCAUCCCUUCCGGUUAUUUCGCUGUAGCCUUUUGGCUCGGAUACUGCAAUUCAGGUCAGUUCAGCUUCUCAUCAUCUACCAGUCCCUUACCAUUCCCAGCGCUUAUUGUUAUUAAUUAUUCUCAUAAUUAA